AUGGUUUGGAGGAAAUUACCAAAUGCAGUUUUAAAACAAAAGUAUUCUCUUGUUCAACAUAGAAUUUUACUUAGAAAUCAAAUUAGAACAUUUUCAACCAAUAGUAAUAAUAAUAAAGAUAACAAAAGUAAUAAUGGUGAUGAUAAAAAUGAUAAAGUUGGAGAAGAUAGUAAAGAUAGUAUUCAAAAAGCUAUCCUUAGACAAAAGAUGGAAAUGAUGAAAGGCGAUGGAAAACAUCCACAAGGCGGCUAUGACUUUGAUGAAUCAUUAGGUGAAGAUUUGGAUCCAUCAGUGCUUCAAGAUCCAAUUCUUGAAGAGAUGAAAGAAAUCUUUGCAGAGAAUAACCUUAGAAAUGAAAUUAAAAAUAAAAAUGAAAAUCAAGAAGAACAACAAGAAGAUGAAGAAGAUGAUGGUGCAGGUCAUUAUACAAUGAAGAAUAAAGCCAAUAGAUUAAGUGAAGAGAAAGAGAAAAUCAUUGAAAAGUUACUCGAAAACUAUGAAGAAAAAGAGGUAGAAGAGAAUCAUUACUACAUUCCACGUGAUAAAUUACAAGAUUUUGGUAUUAUCGAUGCUGAUUACCAUCCAAACUAUCCACCAUACGUCAACAGAGAAUCCGGUGCUGUCUUGGUAUUCGAUGUUGUACUAAAUGCCUAUUCCAAUCGUGGUUCAACAAAGACUCGUGAACAAUUGUUUAGUAAUGAACAUAUUCUUAGAAGAAGAUAUCAAACUGAUCAAGCUGUAAUUGUACGUAGAUAUUUGGAUGCAUCACCAGCAAACAUCAGUGAUGCAGUUCUCGCCGAUUCAGAACUCUUUAGUGAGGUAGUUGAUCGUAUUAAAAUGCAUCAAGAGUUACAAAGAGAAAAGUACCGUUACGGUAACCCAGCAGAUCUUUCCGUCACACAAGAGAGAGAAUUAUCAGCCAAAGUACUCGCAGAAUCUGGUCUUUUCCCACCCGAAGUGGUCGCAGAGAUCAAUCAACCAUUCUUGACCAAAUCAUUCAAUCAAGGCAAAGGAAAAGAGGAUCCAGAUUUCCAAUUGUUUGAAAACCCAGAUCACUAUAUGACAAAGAUUAAAGAGUCCAACCCUCCCCAUACCUCUGAAUAUUUGCAACAAAAUCCAUUCAAGCCAACUCGUGAAGAUAAAUGUAAUUUCGAUUAUAUCGAGGAAGUACCAGUCAAUAAAGUCUUUGAUUCUUAUGCUGCCUCUGAAGCUUUCCAUGAGAAUGGUGGCUAUGAUCAAGUACCACAACAAAUGGACUUCAAUGGUAGAGAUGAAUAUGUUAGAGAUCAAUUAAGACAAUAUUUCUUUGAAUUGAAUCAAAGAGAUAAGAGAAAGAAAGUCGUACCAUCCAACGAGAGACUUUAUGAUCCAAUCCCUUCUGGUUAUGAGGGUUAUAGUACCCCAUAUGUACCAGUCGAACAAAAAGAUGCCGAACCAAUAUCAUUCGAUCCCACCUUUAUGAGAGAAUUUGUUCAAUACAAAACACUCGCCCUUCCACUUGAAAAUUUACGUGUUCAAGAAAUCAUUGAUGAUUUUUCUAAUGAUGUUGAAAAAGACUAUAGAAAAGAACAUCUUAUUGCCCAAGAAAAUGAAGUUAAAUCUUUCUUCCAAAAAUAUUAUGGUGUUAGUUAUGAUGAAUAUUUAGAUAAUCCAAAAGAAUACUUUGAAAAAUUAAAAGAAAAACAAAUCAAAUUUGAACAAUUUGAACUUGAAUUUGAAAAAAGAGAACAAGAAAAAAAAUUAAAACAACAAAAACAACAAAAUGGAUCAUCAUCAUCACCACAACAACAACAACAACAACAAAAUGAAUCAUUUGCAGGUUCAUUUGCAGGUUCAUUUGCAGGUUCAUCAACUAAAUCUUCACCACAAGAACAACAAUCAUCAUCACAAGAACAAAAACAAGAACAACAAAAACAAUCAUCAGAAAAACAAGAACAAAAAACAAAUGAAAAUAAAGAAGAAAAUGUUAAAGAAGAAGAAGAAAAUGUUAAAGAAGAAGAAAAAGAAGAGGAAGAAGAAGAAGAAGAAGAAGAAAAAGUUGGUGCCGGUGAAGAUUAUGAUAUGUCAGAUAUGGAUGAAAGUAAUUUAGAAGUAGAUCAUAUUUUAGAUACUGAUGACGAAAUUGAUGAAGAUGAUGAAGAUCAUGAUGAUUCUGUAAAUAGAAAUGAAAAAUUCGAAAAAAGAUUUGAUGAUACUGAUACUGAUAGCGAUAGCGAUAGCGAAAGUGAUAGUGAUAGUGAUAAUGAAUCAAAUGAAGAUGAAAAAUCAGAUGACAAAGUUGCUAAAUUUGAAAAAGAUGAUGAAUCAUCAUAUGAUAUCAAUAACAUUGAUGAAGAUGAAGAUGACGAAGAUGAAGAUGAAGAUGACGAAGAAGAAGGAAAAAGAGAAGGAAAAAGAGAAAAAUAUGAUGAUGAUGAUGAUGAUGAUAAAGAAGAAGAUGAUGAUGAUGAAGAAGAAGAGUCACUUGAUUUAGAAGAUCCAUUAUAUGAACAACGUGUGGUUGGAAAUCAAGCUGAACAAGAAGCUCAAAAAAUUCAAGAUAGUUAUCUCACUAAAGGUGAUUAUCAAUUCUUGGAAGAUAUGGAGGAUAUUACCGAUACAUUAUUCUUAACAAUGGAUACAGAUCAAAUUAAUGAUGAUUAUGAAGAUGAUGAUGAAAAAACUCAAAAUGAUCUUCUUGUUGAUGAAGAAAUCACUUUUGGUGAUUUAGAACUUGACGAUAAAUAUACACUUGGUGAUGAAACCGUUGAAUUCCAAGAAGAUGGAGAUGAACUCGCUCCAUUCCGUAUUGAUGAUAUCGAUUUUCCAAGAAUCGAUAGAUCAAAGAUGACCAAAGAAGAAGUUAUCAAAUCCAUUAUUGAAGAGUACUCAAUUUUCAAUAUGGGUAAUGGUGAAAAUACGGCUUCAGAUGGAACCAGAAAAAAAUUAACUCCAACUCAAAUCGAAGAAAUAAAAACAAAAAUAAUGCAAAUGAACAUUGAAAGAAAGGAGAAGAUUGAAUUAAUAAAUAGUAUUAGAGAGGAACAAAGAAGAGACGACGACGAAGAGGAUGAUGGAAGAAGAUUUGCUUAUAAUGGUGUAGAAAUCAAUAGUGAAGGUAAAGUAGAUGACAGUGAAGAAGCUGAAGAUGAAAUGGGCUUCUUUGUUGAUGAAACUCAUUUCAAUAUCACUCAUCCAUCAGGUAUUCAAAAAUUAGAUACCGUCUUUGAAGAAAUGGAGAUAAUGGAUUUGAUCGAAGGUACCUACGAAGAAGAUUUAGAUCUCCUUAGAGCUGAAGCCGAUAUGUAUGCAAGAAGAACCGCCAGAAAGGUUAAAAACUUAGCCAAGAAACGUGAAUUCGCCAAAAAAAUGAAAGCCAAACAAAUUGAAGACUUGAAAUUAAAUCCACCAGUUAAAGAACCAUACAAAAUCGCUCCAUUACGUCCAAUCGGUCACAAUGUUUAUACAAACGUUUUAGCUCCACCAAACUCUUACCUUAGACUCAAUGAUCCAAAAUACAAACCAGCCGACGAAAAGAGAAAUCAAAAAAUCAUCCAAGAAUCUUAUCGUGCUCUCUCUUCAAAUCCAUUCUAUGGUGUUAAACAAGCUAACUUUGCUGUAAAGUCAAUCAACAAAGAAUUGAAUACCUAUGAAGGUUAUAAGAAAUAUCGUCAACAUCAACUUAAAAAUGCUCAACCAAUUCCAUCACCAAUCCUUUCAAGACCAGAUAUGUUGGUAGAACCAGAUAAACUUAAUCAAUUUAAUAGUUUCUAUAAUGAUAAUUAA